AUGGCUGGAGGCGGCGGUGGUGCAUCUGGCUUCGAUGCCGCGCUUCAAAGGCGUCAGGCCCUGAUGGGCGCCAGUGGUCCUAGGGCUCUUGUGAAGAACGGCAAGGUCUUCCUGAUCGCCUUGUUUGCCUGUCUCGGAGGUGUGUUGUACGGAUAUAACCAGGGCAUGUUCAGUGGUAUCUUGGCUAUGCCAUCUUUCGGAGCACAAACCGACGGCUAUGUCGAUAACCCAACACAGAAGGGAUGGCUCACAGCUAUUCUGGAACUUGGAGCUUGGUUCGGAGCCGUCAUGUCCGGUUUCGUUGCUGAGGCAAUGUCACGCAAGUACGGUAUCUUGAUCGCUACAGCAAUCUUCAUCAUUGGUGUUGUGAUCCAAAUUACUGCGAUUUCUGGUGGUCAUGAGGAGAUUCUGGCUGGUCGCUUCAUCACUGAGGUCCGUGGUGCUUUGGUUGCACUGCAACAACUUGCCAUCACAUUCGGCAUCAUGAUCAGUUUCUGGAUCAACUACGGAACCAACUACAUCGGAGGUACUACUCUCGAGACCCAAUCUAACGCCGCAUGGCUCGUGCCCAUCUGCCUUCAGCUCGUUCCAGCAUUCGUCCUUAUCAUCGGAAUGGUCUGGAUGCCGUUCUCCCCACGUUGGCUGGUACACCAUGGACGCGAAGAAGAAGCAAGGAGCAACCUGGCUUCUCUGCGCAACCUUCCCGCCGACCAUGAGCUUAUCGAGCUGGAAUUCCUGGAAAUCAAGGCACAGUCCAUGUUCGAAAAGCGCAGUGUCGCUGAGGCUUUCCCGCAUCUUCGCGAGCAGACUACCAUGAACAUCUUCAAGCUUCAGUUUGUUGCCAUUGCCUCGCUUUUCAAGACAAAGGCUAUGUUCAAGAGGGUUAUCGUCGCGACUGUCACUAUGUUCUUCCAGCAGUGGACUGGUAUCAACGCGGUCCUCUACUACGCGCCUCAAAUCUUCGAGCAAAUCGGUCUCCAAGGAACCACGCAAUCCCUCCUCGCGACAGGCGUCGUCGGCAUCGUCAUGUUCCUCGCCACCAUCCCCGCAGUUCUCUACAUUGACAAGCUCGGUCGCAAACCUGUGCUAGCCGUCGGAGCCCUCGGCAUGGCCUUCUCCCACUUCGUCAUCGCGGUCAUCCUCGCAAAGAACUUUGAUAAUUUUGAGAACCACCGCGCGGCGGGAUGGGCAGCCGUGGUCAUGGUCUGGUUGUUUGUCAUCCACUUUGGUUACUCUUGGGGUCCCUGUGCUUGGAUUUUGAUCGCCGAAAUCUGGCCCCUUUCCACCCGCCCCUACGGUACAGCCCUCGGCGGCUCCUCCAACUGGAUGAACAACUUCAUCAUCGGACAAAUCACACCCGAGCUGCUCGAAAACAUCACCUGGGGCACCUACGUCCUUUUCGGACUCGUAACUACCCUCGGAGCAGGAUUCAUCUGGUUCUUCGUCCCCGAGACGAAGCGCUUGACGCUCGAGGAGAUGGACACCAUCUUUGGUAGUGAAGGCGCGGCGCUCAAGGAUCAGGAGCGCAUGGCGGAGAUUAAUCAUGAGAUUGGUCUUGCGGCGUACUUGCAUGGCGAUGCAAGCAGUGGGAAUGAGACGAAUGUUGUUGGGAAUGAGAAGGGUAUUGUGUAA